CAACUGGCGGUUUUAAGUGUUUUUCCCUCCACUCUUUCAAAAUUAUGAAUAAAAGGAAAGCAAUUGAUGCCCCAAACCAAAAUCUUCUUCAGACUCUUCACUCCAUUUAAAGCCCUAGAGACCAUUCGAUAUAUUUCUCACCUGAGUCUUCCGAGCUUCUUCAGAGCCUCAAGAAUAAUUGAUUUGUGAAGCCCUAAUUCGCGAUAUCCUCCUCGGUGACCCAUCUGGUUCUGCAUCUCUAUCAUCACCUCCUUUAGAAAACCUAGAUUCUCUCUGGCUGCUUUUAUCUUCACUUCCUUAACAUGGAAACCCUAGAUGGUGAUGCGUCGGUUCCGUCGUGUUCUACUUCGGCUGUAAAAGAUCUGAACGAUUUAUCGAUCUCUUUAUCUUCGCCUCCAUCUUCGCCUCCUCUCCUUGUAGAUUUGUCAGAUAACCCGUUGUUGAUGGAUGCUACUUCGUCCUCUUGGCUUACUUUUGAUGAGGCCAAACCUGCCUUUUCUUGUUCUCCUGAGAAUUCUCUUGUUUGGCGUUCUUCAGAGUUCAGAACCUCUUGUGGAGAAUUCAAGCCCACUAUGAUGGGUGCAGGACUUGAGAAUCUUGGCAACACAUGUUUUCUCAACGCAAUUCUUCAGUGUUUCACCCACACCGUCCCUCUCGUUCAGGGCAUUCGUUCCUGGAACCAUGCAACUCAGUGCGAUGGUGGUACUAAGGGCUUCUGUGUACUAUGUACUCUUCGUGACCACAUUGAGCUCUCUUUGGCAUCGUCUGGUGGGGUUAUCUCACCUUUGAGUUUGGUGGAGAAUUUAAGCAAUAUAUCAUCUUCAUUCACAAGAUAUCAGCAGGAAGAUGCUCAUGAAUUCCUGCAAUGUUUGUUGGAUAGACUUGACACCUGCUGUUUGGAUCCAAAUACACCGACCCAGAGUUUGUCUCUACAAGAGAAUAGUAUUGUGAGGCAGAUUUUUGGUGGUCAACUCAGAAGCCAGCUUCAGUGUUGCAACUGUGGUCACUGUUCCGAUACUUUUGAGCCCCUGAUUGAUCUGAGCUUGGAGAUUGAAGACGCAGAUUCCCUGACCUGUGCAUUGCAGUCCUUCACCAAGGUUGAAAAGAUCGAUCCUGAGACAAGGUUUACCUGUGAGAAAUGUAAGCAACAAGUGUCAGUUGAGAAGCAGCUUACUCUACACCAGGCCCCUUCUAUUGCGGCUUUUCAUUUGAAGAGAUUCAAGAGUGAUGGCUCCAAUGUUGAGAAGAUUGACAAGCAUGUGGCAUACCCAUUGGAGCUGGACUUGCAGCCAUAUACCAGCAGCAACCAUGAAAACAAUGUGGAGCUGAAGUAUGAACUAUAUGCAGUUGUGGUGCAUGUUGGGUUUUCACCUUGGUCUGGACAUUAUUUUUGCUAUAUUCGUUCCUCCCCGCACACAUGGCAUAGGUUGGAUGACUCAAAGGUAAUUAGAGUUGAAGAAGAGGGUGUGCUUUCUCAGAAUGCAUACAUUCUAUUUUAUGCAAGGCAGGGUUUGCCCUGGUUUUCAACUUUAAUGGAAACACAAAAUAAAUGUGUGGAUGCAAGCAGUGGCACUAUUUCCCCAAAGUCUGUUCUAGAUGAUGUGGACAGAAUGUGUGCUACAGUUCCUCUUAAAGCAAGUACGUCCAUUGUGGAGGAUGAAGGUAGAUUGGAUGCUGAGGGAAUCAACUCUGUUUGGGAUAUGAAAGUUGAUGAAUUUGGAAAUGAUGACCAGAUUGAUGAAGCUAGAACUGAUGCUCCGACACCAAGUACUGUAUCUCCUACAGAAGCAAGUAAGUGCAAUGAUAAGGUUGAUGAACCUAGAUCUGAUGCACAAAGAACAGGGAUUACAUCUACAGAAGCAAGUAAUUGCAAGCAGGAGGUUCCUAAAACCAGAAAUGAUGUUAGCGUCCCGCAAACACCACCAAGAUCUCCAAGCCCAGAUAUUUACUCUGAAGAGCCUCCAGAGCUGAUUUAUAGUAUUCCGCGGAACCAUUUAAGACCUAAGAAUACAGCUAAGAGAACAUCAGGCAGCAAAGACCUGGUGGACUGCAAGAAGGAAGCAUGCAAACUUACAAGGAGCAUGCCUAGCUCACGGAGAAGUCAACUACUAAAAGCAGUAUUGGGUUCUGAGAGUGAAGGCUCUUUGAACAGGAAGAAGAGGCGGAGAGUAUUAGAUUCAAGUAAUGCUUGUGGGAAGCUCAGCCCUAGUUCUCUUAUAAGUGCUGUGACAUCUGAACUUUUCUAAAUGGCCGGUCUUAGAAAUAACUAAUGGCAUCCAAUUUUGGAACUAAUCUAAUCUUCAUUAGAUUAGUUAUUUUUGCUUGUUUUGUCUGCAAAUUUUGUGCACUUGGCAGCUGUAUAGAGCUGUUCCUAAUAUUUUCUUGUCUAUAUCUCAAAUUCAGUUAUGAAUUCGUUGAUCAGAAUAAUGGUGAACAUGUAAAUUCAAGUUAUCAAUGGAGGUCUAGUCAUUACCAUAAA